AUGACAUUUCAAAAUAAAUCCAUUCAACUACAAAUUUGGGAUACUGCAGGACAAGAACGAUAUCGAUCAUUAAUUCCAAGUUAUAUUAGAGAUUCAUCAGCAGCAGUGAUAGUUUAUGAUAUUAAUGAUAGACAAAGUUUUGAGAGUGUAGAUAAAUGGAUUGAAGAUGUACGUUCAAAAGAAAAAGGAGAAAUUUUCUUAUUUUUGGUUGGAAAUAAAUUAGACUUAGGACAUCGAGAAGUUACACAAAAAGAGGCAUUGGCAAAGGGACAAAACUAUCAGUGUAUGUGCUUUGAGACUAGUGCUAAAACUAAUAUUAAUAUUACUGAAUUAUUCAAUGCAAUCACAGAAAAAUUAAGUACAUUAGAACCACCAGUUGAAGAACAUAUUGAGACUGUUUCACUUGGAAGUAAGAAAGCUGAGAAUGAAAGCAACGGAGGAUGUUGUUGA